UUAUCUGAUAGCUAGACACACGGAGCGCGCGGCUGUCGGAGACACCAAAACAUCUGGAUAACCAAUACAAUAACAACUGUCAUUAGUUAAUUUGUGUAGUUUGAUAGUUAUUCUUAAUUUCACUGGAAGCUUUCCCAGAGGUUUGAAGAAUGCGUCGCACCUCUGGCUAUAUUGGCUGGGUGCUGUGUUUGUGCGCAUCUUUGACCGUGAGCGCACAGGACUACCCCGAGGACGACAAGAUGAUCCUGGAUCUGAUCCGCGAGGACGGGACUCAACCUAAAACCGGAGCCGAGCCCGCUGCUGAGUUCCUCAGGUGCAACAAGGCAGCGUGGCGCAUGCCCGGUCAGUACCUGGUCGUACUGCGCCAGGGAACGCACGAGUCUCACGUGCAUAGGACCAUCAGGAGACUGAGAAACAAAGCAGCGAGAAGAAGCUACCUGAUUGAGGUCCUGCAGAUAUACUCAGGAGCUCUGCAUGGCUUCCUGGUGAAGAUGGGCAGCGACGUCCUUCACCUGGCAGUGAAGCUUCCUCAAGUCCACUACAUAGAGGAGGACUCGUCCAUCUUUGCUCAGAGUGCCCCCUGGAACCUCCAGAAGUUACUGCAGCCUUAUGGUGGCACCUCUGAAAACGGAACAUACAGGCCACCCAAUGAUGGAGGGAAGGCAGAGGUGUAUCUGAUGGAUGGCAGCAUUCAGAGUACUCACAGAGAGGUUGAAGGACGAGUGCUCAUUACAGACUUCAACAACGUCCCUGAGGAGGACGGAGUCAGAGUUCACAGACAGGCCAGUCAGUGUGACAGUCACGGUACACACAUGGCGGGGGUUGUCAGUGGGUCAGACUCUGGCGUUGCUCGAGGCGCCGGUGUUAACCUGGUCCGUGUGCUCAACUGUCAGGGGAAAGGGGCUGUGUCAGGAGCUCUGGCGGGUAUGGAGUAUAUCCGAGCAACUUUACUGGCCCGUCCAGCAGACGCUGUGGUUGUUUUGCUGCCUUUCAUUGGUGGUUUCAGUCGCUCAUUAAACACAGCCUGUCGGGACAUGGUGGCUAAUGGAGCAGUGGUCAUUGCUGCUGCGGGGAACUACAGAGAUGACGCCUGCCUCUACUCUCCUGCUUCAGAGCCUGAGGUCAUCACGGUGGGGGCAGUUAACUCAGCAGAUCAGCUCAUGUCACAGGGAGCGGGUGGCACCAACUUUGGCCGCUGUAUUGAUCUGUUUGCACCUGGUGAUGACAUCGUUAGUGCCAGUAGUGACUGCAGCACCUGUUUCACCUCCCGUAGUGGAACCUCCCAGGCUGCUGCACAUGUUGCUGGUAUAGCAGCAGUGAUCCUGUCGUCCAAUCAGAACGUGUCACCGGUGCAGGUCCUGCAGAUGCUGAUGCAUUAUUCCAUCAGGAACACAAUAAACUUGCUCUCUCUGUCUGACACACAUCGUCUCAUUACUCCAAACCUGGUGGCAGCCAUACCUCCUGCCAACAGCACAAAUGUGGAGCUUCUGUGUCGGUCAGUGUGGUCAGAGAGGUCAGGGGCCACGGAUACUGACAGAGCCAUCAGUCGUUGUCGUUUGGGGGAGGAGAUGAUGAGCUGCAGCAGCUACACUCCUGACAGUGUCCAUGCCGGAGAAACAAUCAUUGUGAAAAGCAAGCAGAUGGAGUGUGUGGCCUAUAACGGUCCGAGGGGUAAAGGUGUGUACGCUGUGGCGCGUUGCUGUGUGAUAAGUGGUCUGCAGUGCCAGGUCCAUGUUAGUCCUAAACCCGGACAAGAUGCUGAGUGUGUCGGCCCGCAGCACCACCUGACCGGCUGCACAUCUUGGUCCACCGCUGGCAUCUUGUCUGGCUCUCGUCCACAUUACGGUGAUCGGACGCGUUGUGCUGUGAAAGACGGGGUGAUGUCACACGCCGUGUGCUGCCAUGCUCCUUCUCUGGAGUGCCACCUGUUGGAAAACACAUCAGCUGAUAAAGAUCAGGUCGAGGUGUCCUGUCCCUCUGGCUGGACUCUGACAGACUGCAGCGCCAUCUCUCAGGGCUCUGCUAUCUUGGGGCCAGUUGCUAAGGGCAACAGUUGCAGUGUCCGCAGCGCCACAGGAGCUGAUGCGGCCGCAGGCAUCGCGGUCUGCUGUCGCGUCAGGCCACCAGAGCAGGCCGCCACAAGUCCCCACUGACCCACCUCUCACACCACUUUUAUGUCGACCCCUUGAAUCCAGCUGUGAUAUUACUCUAAUGCAGACGUCUCCAAUGUGUGUCUUGUAUCAGUGACUGUAAGCACUUCUGUUUGUGAGCGUGUCAGUUUUGAGAUUAGGUCAAAAUAUGCUCCAGCACAUAUUGUAUUAAUGCCUCAGACUUGCAUAAGUUGCCUUGCCUAGUACGGUCUUGUUAGCCAUAUUGAAACCAUUUACAGUUUGUAAAAUGUACCACAAUAUUUUUGUAUCUUUUACAAAACAAUUAAAAUAAAAAGAGCUUU